CCCCACGUUGGGCGGAAGGCACGAAAUUCACCCACCCGCCAGAGAUGGGAAGCCUCAAUCGAGAAGUCUCGUGAAAAAAGGUCCUAGCUGGGAUAAUUUGCACACGUCCUUCACAUUCACCACCACAACACGUUUACCUCACCACCCAAUCGCCACCAAGAACUCUUCGAGGAUCGAACCGGUAUCACACAAUCUCAAGAUGGUGAGUUGCUGCAUUGCCUCCACGGCUAGUCGCAUCGUCUAGCAUCCUCCCGCACUCUGCUGCCUCGCCUCAUGCGAUAUCUCCAAGCACGCCCUCCCCCGAUCCAGACCCAGAUCCAGAUCGAGAUCCCUAUGCGCCGACACACCCAAUGCCUCCAAGACUGUGUCGCACAGAUCGCUAACCCAUCUUUCCCACCCAACAGUCGGACGUAGAAGAGAACAACGCCCCUGAGGUCCCCGAAGAAGUCGAAGUCUCUGCCGAUGCCUCCAAGGGCCAGAUGUCCGUUCUCGACGCCCUCAAGGGCGUCUUGAAGCUCGCCCUCAUGCACGAUGGUCUUGCCCGUGGUCUCCGCGAGGCCUCCAAGGCCCUCGACAGACGCCAGGCUCACAUGUGUGUCCUGAACGAGUCCUGCGAGGAGGAGGCCUACAAGAAGCUGGUCAUUGCUCUCUGCUCCGAGCACAAGAUCCCCUUGAUCAAGGUUCCCGAUGGCAAGCAAUUGGGCGAGUGGGCCGGUCUUUGCGUCCUGGACCGCGAGGGUAACGCAAGAAAGGUUGUCAACUGCUCUUGCGUCGUUGUCAAGGACUGGGGUGAGGAGUCCACCGAGCGCUCCAUCCUUCUCAACUACUUCCAGACUGAGCAGUAAACAACGAAAAUGUCUAUCGUGGCGUUGCAUGGCAGGAGGGGUAUAGAAUGUUGAGGGACGGAUCUCUCAUACUUCAUCUUCCCCCACGGCUCAUUGGGUUGUACAACUCUAUUUAUUAUGGUAGAGGUACUAUACUGCAUCGGAUCAAGGAAAAUUUGCAUUGAGACCA